UCCUCUGCAUCUGAACGCCAUAUUUGAUUCUUCUGCAUUUUAUAAAAAGAAGAAAGCGUGAAUUUUCAAUUUAAAAUGCGAGUUAUCACCAUAAAAAUAGUGAAAAGAUCCAGCUAAAAUAUGCUUUAACCCGGGCACAAGGGAUACAGCGAACGAGUACUACCAGCGGCGUCACACAGUUGCGUUUUUGGGAAAGUCUCCGAGCUCUUCAGAUAUGGAGCAAUAUAUAGUGCCCCUAGAGGAUCCAGUGUACUCCGAUUUGCAGGUAGUGCAAAUGCCCCAAGAUGAGGUUGGGUCCUUGGUGCUGCAGGACGACCAGCAAUUGGUGUUUAACGAGCAGCAGCAAGUUGUGUACCAAACCGCAGCUCCAUCCCAGUAUCAGCAGCCGCAACAGGCGCCGGCACCUGCUUACCACAUUAUUGGUGGCGAUGAUUUGGCCCAGCAGCAGCAGCAACAACACCAACAGCAGCAGCAGCAGCAACAGCAGCAGGUCGUGAUGCAUCAUCAGCAACACCAAGUACAGCAGGUACACUACCAGCAGCAAGACCCCCAGCAGCAGCAGCAAAUCCACAUGGAGCAACAGCAACAACAACAGCAGCAGCAACAGCAACAGCAACAAUAUGUGCAGCACCAGCAACCCGCCAUUCAGCACACUCAGCAAAUUUACUACACCUCCGAGCAAGUACUGCAGCCCAAUGCCAUUGUCCAGCACAUGCAGCAGCAGAAGAAGCAGCAACAGCAGCAGCAGGUGCUACAACAACAGCAGCAGCAAUACCAACAGCAUGCGCCCACCUAUCAGGUUCAGGCUUCUCCCCAGCAACAACCCCAGUUGCAGCAACAACAGCAGCACCCGCAAGCGCAGCAGCCACAAACGCUCCAGCUGCAAACGUCGCCUGCCCAGCAGCAGCAACAGCAGCCGCAGCAGCAUCAGCAAAUCGUCUACCGCAUGACAACCACCCAGCAACCUCAAAGGCCAUUAAGUAUGCUGAACAACACUCAUGUGAUCGUCCAGCAGCAACCGGUGUUGAUCCAAGCCCAGCAGCAUCAGGAGCUGAUUAUGCGGCAGGCCACCGCCAUUCAUCCGUACAAUAAUCGAGUUGUCUACGCCACUUCACCGCAGCACCAGCAGCAACAGCACGUCCUCCAGCAACACGUUCAGCAACAGCAAGUGCAGCAGCAGCAGCAACAGCAGUUGCAACUCCAGGCCACCACUCAGACAGCUCACUUGGUUCAGGCUCGCGUCGUGCCGCAGCAAACAAACGUGGUCUACCAGCAGCUUCAGGUCCAGAAGGUCCAGCAGCAACAGCCCCAGCCCCAGCAACAGCAGCAAGCACCACAGCAGCAGCAACAGCCUCAGUUGGUGCAACAGCAACAGCCGCAACUGGUAGCUACCUCUGCCGCCGGCGGAACGCAACUGGUGAGAGCCUCUUCAGGGGAAUCCCCGCGUGGAGGAGCUGUCGUGGCCAGACCAGGCACCCUUAUAUCCACCAGACCCACGCUCACGCCGACGACCAUCGUGAGGCAAGUCCGCCCGCGAGGUGGAGGUGGAGUCGUGGGUGCCUCCGUGCCCGGCGGAAUCGUUCGGAAUAUGCGUCCGACCGGCAUACGGCCAACUCGAGCUCAAUUGGUUGUGCAAACGAGCGGCGCCGACGGUGGUCAGACCAUGCAGAUAGUGACCCAGACCCAGAUGAAGCACAUCACUAUCAGCACGAAUCUCGGCCAGCAGCAGCCUCAACAACAGCAGCAGCUGCAGCAGCAACAGCGUCAUAUUUAUCGCACCCACAUGGUCAGCGACGGGAGUCCCCAGCAGCAACAGCAGCAUCACAUGCUGAUGAUGCGCCAGGCUCCCAUUCGCUAUAGAGCUCCCGUUGCGUUGGCCUCAGCUGUGCCCACUCCUGUACCCACAGCAGCGUCCGCCGCUAAUCCCGCUGGUGGAGUGGUCCAAGCCACGAACAGCAAUAUUGGCAUGGACCUGGAGGAUCGUAUUCAGGCGGCAGUCCUCAAGAAGGAACAGCAGAAGCCUCAGCCGCCACCGCAGCUGCCUCCCAUGCAGAUAGGAACCGGUACUACUCUAACCACCUACUAUCCCGGACCAGGAGCAGCCACCCAGGAAGAGGACCAACAACAACAGCAGCAGCAGCAGGUCGUGCAGGGCCAGGUCCAGGGUAUGCGUACCGCUGGAGCCAGCAUGACUCUGGCGGAGUAGAAGCGGCAAACCCUCAGUGCUUCACCAUCACCCAACCCCGGCCUCACCCCCAUGAGGGCCGCAACCCCAGGAACACUAGUGAGGCCAGCGUCCAAGCUGCGGUCAAGGAGGCGAGGACUGCCGCCGGGCACGAGGAUUAUGCAGCCCCAAAGGACGAUUCCAGCGCCAGUGGUGGCUCAAGUUCCCACCGCUCCCACCGCCCCCGCCACAGCUUCAACUGCCUCGCAGGGCUCGUCCGUGCAGCAGACCUCGCACAACAACUACGAGAUCCACUCGCAGCAUGUCCUGAACAACCGGGCCGGCCAGCCCAUUGCGGAACGCGACAAGAACAGCGCCAAGAUGCUAGUGAUCCUGGCCAGCGGCGAGCAACGUUUAAUCACCUUCACCCUGCGCGAAUCCUGCACGGUGCAGGACCUCCUCGAGCAGGUCGGCGUGCUUGACAACGCCACCACCAUACAGUGCGUGGAGCACCGCGGCGCCAACGUGGAUUUCGUGGUCACUGUGGGCUUCUCGGUAAACGAGUCUGCCAGCGAAUUGAUAUCCCGGGCGGAGGAAAGCCUGCAGAUGAACCGUUCGCAGGACAACCCAGCCCCAGUGCCCGGAGGAGCCGCUGCCAAUCCUGCCACUUCGAACGCUGCCCCUUCGUACGCCCAGGCAAACGCUGCCGCCGAGCAGGCAAAACGAGAGGCCGCAAGUUCAGCAAACCAAACGAUGCCAGGGCGCAGCAUCUUCCGAGCAGCAGCAGCAGGAGCAGCAACUCCUGCGGAGAGUCGCAAGCUAAUCGAUGGCUUUCUCGCCGUGUGCCAACUAUGUGGCUUCACGGGCAUGGAUCACGCUCGCUGUGAGCGCUGCAAGCGCGUCUUCCAGCCCCCCAAGCGAAAGUCCUACAUUGCCAAGUCAAGUGCUGCCUCCUCGCCAGCCUCCUCCUCGUCUACGGCCAGUGACGCACAGCCCCUGACAGCAGGAGCAGCUGCGGCGGAAAAGAAACGAGAACUGGCGGCCGUCGCUCGAUACGGCAAGCAGCUGGCUGGAGUGGCCUACCCAGGAGUGGGAGCUGGUGCCCGUGGCAGAGGAGCGAUGGCCAUACGUGGCGGCAGAGCCAGAGGCGGCAGGCGGGCAGCUGAGGUGGAUCCGGUGGUCUUGCUAAGCAGUGAGGAUGAAGCCGAUGCCGAUGAGACCAACACGGAGACGGGAAAUUCCUCGACGAAUUCCAAACUGAACAAUGGAAAUCUCCACCAAUUGCCCGCCGCCUUUGCCUGCGAACCACAGCUACCGAGAUAGAUGAGACCCUUGUACAAAGACUUUGUGCGCGGCGACGUGACGGAUCUGUCUGAUAUCCCGGAGACGGAGCGCUUCUCCACAUCGGUGAACUGCAGCUGCAUCCGUUUGGUGCCCUACCGCUACGAGAUCACAGAGCCGGUAAGUAGUACCUACGGCGUCCGCAUCGCAGGCGUUGUGCCGGACAAGGAUACAAAGUUUACGCUGCACAUCCACAAGCACGAGGUGAUCAAGGUAAUAGCGCACUUUGGUAGCGCGGAGCCGCUGCCACUCGUCACGCUCUACCUGCUCAAGACGUGCGCCCAGUAGAAGACGCAGCUCCUCCUGCCUGACGAUCAGGCCAGCGAACGCACCAGUUCGUUCCACAUUCGCCGCCUCAUCCUAAUCUUGACAGAUCUCCUCAGUCGCGGCACCAUCAAGUCAAUGUUUAGUUGCGUGGACGAGAUUUCCUCCGAUGCGGCAGAGAUCCUGGAGCGGCUCGCCGAUUCAGACCGCAAGGCACUGGAUAAGAGCUCCAGCAGCCACCGCCGCCGCGCCAAUUGAGGGCGAUGAGCAGGUCACCUUCUGAUGUAUCCGCCCAAGACCUCCGGCAGCCUGUGCAUACGGAUGGGACUAUGUGUGUCUCACCAGGAGUCGUACCUCACGACAUAAUCAUUGAUUUUACCUCGUCUGGCUGCGCACACCCAGAUUCCGAAGGCUCUGCGCGAGCGUACUCAUAUUUUUAGCACUUUCUUUUACAAACGCCUGACAACGCUGACGCGUCCCACGGACAUGAAGCAGACUGCCGCCCAGAAGCGUCAUGCCCGCGUCCAGAAGUGGACCAAGGGCGUGGAUAUCUUUGACAAGGACUUCAUUAUCGUGCCUAUCAACGAGCAGUCGCAUUGGUUCCUGGCCAUCAUCUGCUUCCCCAUAAAAGGACCCGUGACCUACGACACCAACCAGCCUGUGGAGCCGCAGCAGCUAAAGCGACCGCGCGGCAAGAAGGUGUCGCUUCAGAUUGGCAACACAACUAUUACACCACUGACUAAGAGGGGCGAAGGAGGACAGCUUCCGGCCGCCCUCACAUCAGAUAAUAUCUGCCGCAUAGCGGACGAUGAGAGCGAGCGUGAUGAGGCUGAGGGAGAUGACAGCGACAUGGCAUCGGAGGACAGUGAGAACUCGAAUUCCGCCAAGGAAUCCUCUACGGCUACACCCGCUAGCAGCAGCACCCCGAAACCAUCCGCACAGCCCACGGCGUCCAGCGGUCCAGCUAGGACCUGCGGAGCCGACGAUGUGCCCGCCGUGAAGCAGCCGCUGAUCCUCAUCUUCGAUUCCCUGGCGGGUGCCUGCUCGCGCAGCCGCGUGGUGGCCACGCUGCGUGAUUACCUCACCUGCGAGUAUCGCGUGAAGAAGCCGGAUGCGCAGGCGCACGUCUUCAACAAGGACAACAUGCCCGGCCACUGCGUUAAGGUGCCGCAGCAGAACAACUUCACCGACUGCGGCCUCUACCUGCUGCAGUACGUGGAGCAGUUCUUCAGCGAGCCCAUCCGCGACUACCGGCUGCCCAUUAAGCAGCUGACCAACUGGUUUGACUUCCUCACCGUCACCAAGAAGCGCGAGGACAUCGCCAAUCUCAUCCAGCAGCUGAUGGACGAGGGCAAUAAGCAGCAGCAGCGCCAAGUCCUGCCGGUGAUAGAGUUUCCCACCCUCAACGGCCAGCUGGUUGAGUAUCAGGACACGGAGAGCGCCGAGUUUGAGGAGGAGGAGGGCCACGACGACGAGGAGCCUUCCAGUGAUCUGCACGACGAGAACAAUGCGGGCACUGACAUGGAAGUGGAUCCUGUGAACGAGGAGGUGCCCACGCAGACUGCCAAAACCGGCACAUUGGCCAUCGUGCCGGCAGCCCCGGCGACAGCCCCGGUGGCCGCCCCGGCGGCCUCCAAGUUUGUGCUGAAGCGGCGCCUGCAAAACGGUUCCGCCUCAGGUCCCAGUAAUGGGAACGGCACCGGGGAGACCAGCAACGGGGUCCUCAUGCCCCAGGUGGCUAACGCGGCAACUGCAGGUGCGGCGUCGGUGGCAGGCUCACCUGGAGUUCCGCUAACACCGCGCGGCCCCAGCGGAGGCCUAAAAAUACGCAAGAUCGAACCGUAGCAGGAGCAGCAGCUUCUCCUGCUGACCCACCACCUGCCUGCGCUGCUCCAGCUGCCACAGCUGCGGCACCCACACCUGUAAAUACACUAUCACACACA